UCUUUCUUUGCAUUCAGUGAGUAACAAAGACAGAACAACAUUUGUGUCGACUUGUGUCAGUAAAUGGAAAGCACCCAGUGCCAACUUAUCUCCGGUCCUGUCGAUAAUCAAUGUUUUGACAUUCGGAUUCUCCUUAUCGUUCGCUAGAUGUCGACGCCAUCGACUGAUCGUGUAUGAUUAAUCUGUUUCUUUUAGCUGCACUGGCUGAACUGGUGCACACUAGUGCAGUAAAUUGGAGUGAAAUAUAAUAUACUUGUCUCACUCCAACUUAUUGCACCAGUUCAGCCCAGGGGCCGUAUUCUGUUCCGCUAAAAUCCGCUUACCGACAAUUGUCGGUGUCAUUGCGCAGGUUUUACACGAUAUGAAAAACCUGCGCAACGACACUUAUCGAACCGACAGUUGUCGGUAGGCAGGAACGGAAUACGGGCCCAGCUCAGUCAGUGCAGCUAAAAGAAACUUGCCAACAUGAUCGGUGCAUGUGAUAUUUUCGCAGCCGCGAACCGGCUCUUCGCUCUUCUCUCUCUUGUCGAGUGUAUCUGAUUGUCCGAUUCAUUGAAAAUCAUCGAAACUGAGGGAUUAUGAUUAAUUGUGUUCGGCCCCGUCUCGUAACCUUCGACGUGACCGGUACGUUGCUGAUGACCAAGCUCGAGGAGCAUUACGUCGAAAUCGGCUCCCAAUACGGUUUACUUGUCGAGCCAAGAAAAUUGGCGCGAAGCUUCAAGAACAAUUUCGCGCGGCUUAGUAAGGAACACCCGAUAUAUGGCAAGCACACCGGGUUGGGAUGGAAGAACUGGUGGAGAACGAUCGUAUAUAACGUAUUUAAGGAACAGCACGCCUCUGUGUCGACGGAAACAUUGGACAAAGUAAUACUAAUGAUAAAAAUUGGAGAUAUAAGACAUAAUAUUAUUUGUAUUAUGUAUCUAUAUAAAAAUAAUACUUAUAA